AUGAACGUCGAAUUCCAGAGUUUGGACCCCAAACUCAUUAUCCUCAAUUUCACUGUCCAGGGCCAGGUGUUCUCGCUACCAUUCGCAGCCUUGGACGCAUACCAGUCGGAAAACACCAAGCGUGCCAUUAUCCGUGGUGUCACUGUGGGUGGGUGUGGGAUCCUCAUGUUAGUUCUUGCCAUUAUCAACUGGAAAAGGAAAAAGACCCCCAUGUUCUACCUCAAUAUGGCCACCUUGACCGCAGCCAUCAUCCGGAAUUGCAUCUAUUUGGCAUAUCUUCUAGGACCACUUGCCGCGCCUUCGUUUUCCUUCAGUGGCUUGAUAUCUAGCUCAGCCCUUGCAAAUUACCAUCUCACCGUCGCCUCCAACGCUUUUCAGGUGGUGCUUAUACUACUCGUGGAAAUGUCGAUGACAUACCAAAUUUUCGUGGUUUUCAGAGCCCCAAAAUUGAGAAAACUAGGCUGGACUUUAACCACAGCAGCAGGAAUGCUAGGAUUGGCACUGGUUGCCCUCUACAUUAACAGUGCUGUGAACAGCUCAAAGAUAUAUAGCAGCCUUUUUAACCACGAAUCAGUGUCCCAAGCCGCUCGCCAAGAUUGGGUGGGAAGUCUUCCCAACAUUCUCUUCGCAGCCUCAGUGAACGUUCUCAGUGUGAUACUCCUCAUUAAAUUGGGACUUGCAAUUCGGACUAGAAGGUUCCUUGGCCUCAAGCAAUUUGAUGGGUUUCAUGUUCUCUUCAUCAUGUCCACCCAGACCAUGACAGUUCCUUCGAUUCUAGUUAUUGUGCUGUACUGUUUCCCCGACUUCCAGAACUCGGUAUUACUCUCCAUCGCGGUAAUGCUAGUUGUGUUAUCUUUGCCAUUAUCUUCAACUUGGGCACUGGCUGCGAAUAAUGACCCAGACAUCAAUAACACUGCCUUUUCAUUUAUGAAGCGAAUGGAUUCCAACGCCUCUCACGGAACCAGCACUACUGAGGAAAGAACUUUGGCCAAUGUAUCUAUCCUUCCAGAAAAAUGGAUGCCAUCUGGAAAUAACCACCUUCGUUCUCCAGAUUCGUUUGCUGAACUGGCUUCAGCUAGUGAGUACGAACUAGUCAAUAACACAACUGUCCUGUCUCCUUCGGCUCUUCAAGAUGAAGACAUUUUUCGAAACGUCCACGAUGGUGAUUUUGUCGCUAUCAGUACCCACAACCUCAAGUGA